UAAGUUCUGAAAGAAGUAGGUAUUUGGGUGCAGUUUUUGGUGUCAUAAAUUAGAGAAAUGUCACACGCACAUAAGUGUACCGGAUUUGAUCCAAAAAAAAUAUAUAUGCUUGGUGAAAAAUCAUCUGGAUUGGAAUCUAGAGGAAUUCUGCAAAAUUAUGAAGAACUGAAGAAAAGCCAUCUACAGAGUGGAACUUUAUUUGAAGAUCCCCUAUUUGUUCCAAAUGAAACAGAGUUGGGAGAAGAAGUAAAAUUAGACAAUGUUGAAUGGUUGAGGCCUAAGGAAAUCAGAAAAAAUCCCAUAUUCAUCGGUGAAAAAGAAGAUAGAUUUGAUGUUAAUCAAGGUGAAUUGGGCGAUUGCUGGUUUAUGGCUGCUUUGGCAGAUGUUACUCAGAAUUAUAAAAUUCUAGAGAGAGUUGUCCCAAGUGAUCAAAGUUUUGAUAAAAACUAUGCUGGAAUUUUUCAUUUCAGAUUUUGGCAAUAUGGAAGAUGGAUUGAUGUAGUUGUGGAUGAUAGGUUGCCUACUCGACAAAGAAGAGAGGAAAAUGGGGAAAUCACUCGAGAACUAGUGUACGUUAAAUCCAAGGAUAAGAAUGUAUUUUGGACAGCAUUGCUGGAAAAAGCAUACGCAAAAUUGUAUGGAUCUUAUAAGAAUUUAGACGGCGGAUUUGUCUCUGAGGCUUUGGGAGACCUCACUGGAGGAUUGACCGAAAUUCACAAAGCUGAGCAAGAACAUUGGAAUGAAACGUUGUUUGAGAAAAUGCUGGAAUCAUAUCAGAAAAAGUCUUUCAUGGGAUGUGCGAUAAUGAAUGGAACAAGAUUGGCUUUAUCACUUGGACUGAUUCCCUCGCAUGCAUAUAGUAUAACUGAAGUCAUUGAGAUCCGAUCUAGGCUUUCAAAUGUAGUAAAACUACUCAGGAUCAGAAAUCCAUGGGGAAGAGUAGAAUGGACAGGUAACUGGAACGACAGAUCAGAGCUGUGGAAUACCAUCCCCGAUAAUAUAAGAACCUCUCUUUCUGUGAAAAUUAGGGAGGAUGGAGAAUUUUGGAUGGAAUUCAAGGAUUUCAUCAAAUAUUUUGACAUCUUAGAAAUAUGUCAUCGUAAUCAAGAUUUUGGGAUGACCCACUGGAACUGUUUCAUGUUAGAUGGGUCCUGGAGUGUAAACAGAAAUAAUACAAAAUACUUAUUAUCUUUGAAAGGGGAUGGUAAUAUCAGCUCAGUAAAAAUUGGUUUGAUGCAGAAAAAUCGGAGACUUCACCACCAAGAUCAGUUGCCAAUAGGUUUCAAAAUAGAAACGUUUUUUCAGGCCGAAAGACAACCGUUACGCAUACAGGGUCCGAAGGAAUAUCUACAAGUAACAGGACAUGUGAAACUUUUGAAUGGAAACUACCUAAUACUACCUUUUGUCAAAGGAAUGGAUAAAAGAGAAUGCGAAUAUUUGCUCCGAGUUUACUCAACUGCGAACUUUGAAUUGAAAGAGUUGGAUUCCCAAUGAAUUCAGAAUCUAAUAAUUAUCUAAUAUUUUGUGAAUACUUUAGGAAAUACCUAAUUAUAUUUCAUAUGAAGGAUG